CCUGUUUCGGGGGUAACUGCUAUCAUGAAUACACUGUUUAGCGGUGAGGUAUUGCGUAAUAUCAGAAUCAUUUUCUGCGUCACCUUGUAUACAUUUCGCAAUGUUUACAAAAUCGCUCUUUUCCGCUCGUGCCAAUUUCUCAAAACAUCGUGUUCCGCACAUUUUCACUUCAUGACAGUUUGUUUUCACUCCUUCAGUUAUUUCUACUCGACAAGCCUAUUACGGUUUCUUCAGGUCUACGCUGAAAAUAUAGAAGGAUAAUUCAAAAGUGAUAUAAAUAAGCGAAAGCUAGCUCAAGAAAACGCAAAAUCAUUUGAACCGUCGUGAAAAGGGAAUCUCGUUCAUCCAAUCUGCUUUCCGAUAGUAUUUCAAAGCCAGGCAUGGGGAAUAAACACGGCAAGCUUGUGAUCGUGGGUGAUGAUAACACAAAGUGGCGUUUAAAGAAAUCUCGCAAGAUACAGGAUCCCCAAGGUAUCGGGGAAACGCGGGAGAAAGCCGUGGAGAACGAGAAAGAGGACGAGAGCGUGAAGGAGAAAGGGGAAGAAAACGAGAAGCAGGAAGAAGAGGAAAACAACGAUGAAAGUGAAAAGGGAAUAAACCAAGAGGACGACCGCAACGGACAAGACUCCGUCGAUCAUGUCGAUAAAGAGGAACACAUCCAAGAUCGAACAAACAGGACAAACGAAGAAGAAGAAGAAGGAGAACCAGGAGAGGACACUUCUGAGGGCUCGGAUUCUCCACAGGUCCAGCCGAAGCCCGAGCCGAGAUCCUUAGAGGAGUUUGUUGGCUUGAAUGUCGGUGGUGUGGUUUACACGACAAGUCGCAGUACCCUGGUUCGAUACCCCGACUCGAUCCUGGGGGUGAUAUUUACCGCAUCGGUCCCGACCCCCAAGGAUAACCAAGGAAACUACAUGAUAGAUGCAGACGGUCAGAUGUUCCGAUACAUUCUGAAUUAUUUACGUCGUGGCACCCUCUCCCUACCUAAGGGUUUCGCAGAGUAUCGUCUCCUCUAUGAGGAAGCAGCCUUCUUCCAGCUACCAGACCUCAAGCAGCUCGUCUCCCAGCAUAUGUCGCAAAUUAUUCCAAGUCAGGCCUUGCCACAAGCACAGGUGAAGGUGGAGACAGCCCCGGAGACGUCAAAGUAUGUCAUCGAGAUCUACGUCAGAGAAGACGACAACGUACCUCAGUCAUGGCGGAUCUACGGCAGCCUCAGCUUGCUGUCAAAGAUUCCAACCCUGACUGACUACUUGCAUAAUUACAGGAAAGGAAGCCAGUGUCUUGAGUUCACCACGCAGCAUCCGAUGUUCCCUUCGAACACCUACAGAAGGUUCCCAAAGACCACUCUCUUCUAUCACAUCUUCGCCAUCGGUUUCAAACUUCACACCUCUGACUCUUUGGAGAUCGAUGACGUAGACAAUGACAGAGUCACUUGGCUAAGAUACCUGUUCACGUCUACAACGUUAUAAUCCGGAGUAUUGCUCAUAGUAAACAUUACUGGCCUUACUCUGAUUUUGGUCGACUACAAGAUCGCCAACUUUUAGUGAAGAGGUCUGUCCUAUACUUGAUGCGGGACAAUCGUGAGUCCUGUGGUGUUUAGGAAAGCUGACACGGUAUAAACUGCAAUAAUCAUCCAUAUGCUAUUGAGAACACACGUUUUUAUACUUCUGCAAACUUAGGUGUAUAUCUACAUUUUAUAGAAAACAAAAUACCACCUUAUAUAUCUAAUUCGCCUGGGUGAAUUAUAUAUAGUUAUAUUUCACAUUCAUUUUAUAUUUCAGAUCACGUAUUAUUAAGCACAGCUGUACAUCAUUUCGGAUUUUCGUUUUACCUUACUUUACAUGGAAAGAUUCAUUAAUGCAUGCUUAAAGUGACCAAGCAGAUUGACAACGGACCCCACUAUGGUCCGGUUAAAGUAUCCGAAAUGUUCACAGGCAUCGAUUGCUUAUCUCUUUUACGUGUAUUCAAAACGGUGUGCUGCCAUUAGGUUUUAGUGAGUGGAAUAAUUUCAAAACAAGAAGACAAAUAUUUCAGAAAAGUCGCAACUCGGGGCAAUACAUUUAUGAUACCAGAAUCAUGUUGGACAAGAUCACUUUUUGUGUUAGUUUAUGUUUGUUUGUAUAGUCAUGUAAAUUCAUGUAAUCGAUAAGGAUCACAAAAUUGUCGAGGGUUAAUUUUUUCGAAGGUCGACUAGACCGUGAAAAAGGUUGA